GGCGAGAGAGACGCGAAUUGCCAGUAGCACUGCAAGCAUUGCCCCAGCUCCACAUUAUUUCGACUCUUGACAGUCAGUCGCCGAGAGCAACGUCCCUGAAACAGUAUGGCGUCGGAAGAGCUCGCAAAGAAGCUCAAGUCGCGACUGGCCGCAUCAGAGGAAACCGAGCAGAGGCCGGAGCCCGAGGAGACCAUCGUCACGACCAAAUAUCAGGAGUCCGAAGCAGCUUGUGGCGACACUUCGUCCGAGCUGUCUGCGAAACUAAACCGACGGCUCGACAUAAACGAGGGCAACGCUCCCCCUCGGGCUAGCCGCGUCUUCAACCCCUACACGGAAUUCAAGGAAUUCUCCCGAAAGCAGAUUAAGGAGAUGGAGGUGAUGUUUAAACGGUAUGAUACUGGCAGAGAUGGAUUCAUCGACCUAAUGGAGCUCAAGCUAAUGAUGGAGAAGCUUGGUGCCCCACAGACUCACCUGGGCCUGAAGAACAUGAUCAAAGAGGUGGAUGAGGACUUUGAUGGAAAACUGAGCUUUCGAGAGUUUUUGUUGAUCUUCCGGAGAGCAGCAGCGGGGGAGCUGCAAGAAGAAAGUGGUCUCAUGGCGCUGGCCAGACUGUCUGAAAUCAACGUCUCCACCGAGGGAGUGAGUGGGGCCAAAGACUUUUUUGAAGCUAAGAUGCAGGCACUCUCUGUGGGCAGCAAGUUUGAGGCCGAGAUCCGUGAGGAGAAGGAAGAACGCAAGAAGCAGGAAGUGGAGAAAAAAGAGAGGCAAGCUGCCUUCAAACAGCUGCAGUCGGCUUUCUCAUGACGCUCAUACAGGAAGCAGACGGGCAAUCCUGAAAAUGCACAUUCAAAAGUACAUUCACAUUGCCGAUGUUCUUAAACGAUAACACUCAAAAUUUGGCACUUUAUAAUAAAGUUAGUUUGACACUCACUUCAAUAUUUGAGCAAAUUUUUAUUAAUUUCACAAUGGAAAGGUGAAUGCACUACAUCCGAUAAGAAAACAAAUAGGGACCAGUCCAGAUGCGCGGAUGUCUGUGAGUGUUCCAUUGUCUUGCAUUUUCACCUGAAAGUCAAAAUAUUCAUUUUUUGCUGUUUUCCGUAAACACUGUUAAGUGUAUGUUGUUUCGCAUCCCCUCAUUGGCUUCAAUGUACUAUUGUGUGUAUUGGGUCUACGAAGUGACGUUCUAGUUUGGUCAUGUUGUUUCACCCUCAACUUGUUUUUGUUUUCUUCCUCCCUCCACAAUAACAUUUGAAAUGUGUGAAUAUUUGCAAUAUUCAGCAUGUGUGUUUAUUUGACUAAUAUAUUGAGAUAUAUGUUUGCGUGACGAUAUUGCCUCACUAGGCUGGGAAGAAAGGCCUUACAAUGUUAGCGCCUGAAUCGUGAGUCUAACAAUACCAUUCUGACCCGAGUCAUUUUUUAAUCUUACUUUAUUUAUUAUUAUUAUUAUUAUUAUUUUUGUGCCCAAAAUCAUUUCUUGAUGCUGGCCACUUCUGCUGGAAACGCCUAACAUCAGGGGGUGUCCAAACGUUUUCGUUUGAGGGCUGCGUGCAGAAAAAUGGAAGGAUGAAAGGGCCACUUUUAAAUUCUUCAACUUUUUGAAACACUCUGAAGUUCGUCAGCAAGAAAGCAAUUAUAUAUUCUUCGUAUUCUCUAGUUAAUUCCAUCAGCUUUCUGUUAAAGGUGUUAAGGCAAAUAGUUGAUGAUCUUUCCAAAUUUUUGGGGUGGCCAACAGCCAUCUUGCUCCCAGAGUAGAUCCAGUUCUACACUAAAUAGCAGCCGCAUCCCAUUUCCACAUUCAGAACCAAAAGAAAGGAACAAAUUGUCGUUUGUGACCAUUUUUCAACAGUUCUGUCUACUUGAUGAUCAUCAAUGCGAGAUCUUCAAACACAUCAGCCAUAGAGCACAAAGUGGAAGAAACACAUUUUGCCUCUAAAAUUGUGUUUCUUCCACCAUAGAGAAGUUCUACAGUAUAAACAUUUUUCUUUGUAAUGGCACCUAUUUUUCUGACAACCUCCCUUCUCAUUCUACCCACCUUCACCUUUUUUAACAUAAUUUUGCAGCCCAUUCAAAUAUCUUUUUUUGGGGGGGGGGGGGGGUCAUGUCACGGGCUGCUGAAAAAUGGAUGGCGGGUCACAAAUGGAAGCCGGCCCAUUGUUUGGAAAACCAUGGCAUACAUCACUCCAUUCCCCCCUGAAAGUAACAUUUUUAUAAACAUAUCCCAAAUUUGUUUCAGUGGGUUGUGUUUUCUAAUAAAACUGAAAAAAAAUGACUCAAGCCGUUAUUUUGAGGAUGGUGAUUAUUAAUUAAAAUAGCCUGAUGCGGUAGUGGGCAAUUUUUCAAAUCAUAAUGUUGGACUAAUGUAAGAAAUAUUUUGAGUGUACUACUGCACUCAACAUUCUAAGUCAGAAUUGAUUUCCUUUUCAUAAAUAUUAGCAGCGUGUAUUUUUAUUUUUUUUUACAGUGACAUGACAACUGAUAUCACGAUUCCAAUGUUUGUUUGGAAGUGGAUUCAUCCGGGGUUGUCCCAGCUUAGCAUACAGAACUGGAAGCACUUAGAAUCUUGCUCUUAAAGCAGGGGUGUCCAAACUUUUUGCCAAGGGGGCCAGAUUUUAUGUGGUGAAAUGUCGGGGGCCGACCUUGGCUGACAUUCUUUACAUUGAACAAGAUUGUUCAACAAAUUUUAGUAAGCCAGUCUGUUUCACAUUUCCAUUUUAAUUUUAAUUUCAACAAUCUUAAGAAUUUCUUUUGGUUCAUUUGAAACAGGUAUAUCACAUGCAACUGCUUAUUCACUUGACUUUUUCUUAAACAGAAGUCUCCUGAGUGCAAAUUCAUUGAUUUGAAACAUAAAAUGUAUCACCAUGACUUUUCAAUAGUCACAAAACCUUUGACUCGAACAACAGGGAAAUGAGCAAGCAAUACACAUAUCCACAACUGCAAGGAUCAUUUGAAAUAUGACAUAUCAGUCAAUAUAAACACGGAGUGAUGUCUUAACUCGUGAGUGAUGCCCUCUAGUGUCUAAAUGCUAUUACUCAUUUAGUGAAUGCUAUUACUCAUUUAGUGAAUGCUAUUACUAAUUUAGCCACUAGAAGGAAGCAGUACUCUAUGAAACAUCACUCACCAGUCUACGAGACCUCAGUCAAUGCAACACGUGUUCCAUUGCACCCAACCUGCGGGCCAGACGGCACUGAUUUUAUGACAGGGGCCGUGGGCCGGAUGAAAUUCGACCGCGGGCCGGACUUUGGACAUGCCUGUCAUAAAGGGAAAGUCAAAUAAAAAAUGUGGUUUAUGCGCCCCCACUAGUCCAAACACAGUAUUGUAGACCACCUGUUUUAUGGGGUUGGUCAUGUGAUGUCCACAAGCUGAGCACUGAGUCACUGUGUCGUCAUUUUCAGUCGACAGCAAGUAGCAAAAUGAAAGCAUCCUAAGAUGGAUAAAAACAUCGGCCAAAUUCAUCUUCCACGUACGCAAUAUAGAAUGCCGAGUUCAGACUCGUGGACAAUUCAGAACAUAUUGUAUAGAAAGUUUCUGAUUUCCCUUUUAAUAAUGCAGCUCGAGAUUUUUUUUUCGCACAGCAAUUGGCACUUUGUAUGUCUGAUUAAAUUAUUCACAGUUAUGGAAAUUUAAAACACGGUGUUUGCUGCUGGGUGGCCUCUGUCUUCUGUUUCAAUGAUAAGUUAGAUCACUCCCAAAAAAACAAACAAAGAAGUCAUCGGUGCUCAUCAUUGCAUCGCAUUAACUCAACAUAUUUUGGAAUCUAAUAUUUAAAUCACUGAUCAGAGUGCAUGUUGAUUCCAGAAUCUUUUGUCAUUGCCCUUUGGAACUUUUUUUGUAACUUAAUUUAAUUGUAUGUUUUAAUUCAAGAAUUGAUCAAGCGUUUCUGCAUUCCUAGCUAUUUUGGGCAGCUUACUUGUGUUAAAUUUACGUUGCUUCUGAACAGUGAGAGGCCGUCAGGACCAGGUAGGCCUUUUCUACUGUUAAUGUAAAUUGAGGUAUUUUUUCCAUUAAAUCAUUAUACUGCAUUAGUCUACAGUAUUCUCAUGAUUGUUAAGCAUUUCUCUUGACUGCACUGAUUCCACUAAGCGUUGCAGCAGAACUGUGGCAGUCAAGUUCCACGUCAGUCGUGAUCUGCACACAUUAAUCAUUUGAAAUUUGGAAGUCCCCAAAAGUCAUCAAGUUAAGGUGGACUUUUUCAGAGAAGCCGUUUAUUGUGAGGAGUGGUCAUGCUAUGCCUUGUAAUGUUUUUGUAUAUACGGUUCUAAUUGCGACAUGAUGGUACCAACAGGUCAGAUAAGUCCCCGCUGAAUGACCAACCACCAUACGCACAGCCUGCGACUAAUUUGGAGCAGUCCGUAAAAGUGCUAAGUUUUCUCAUUUUGUGUUUCAUGUCACUGGUGAUCAGUUUUCUUGCCUUGUUCUGUCUCCCAAAACAUGCGUCAUGUGUUGUCCUCAUAAAAUUGGGUACAGUUGAGUGGAUGUGUAGCAAUCAAUACCUGCGGCAGAUGCACGAGCGGUUAAGUAGCCAAGUAUGUUAUCCCUUUAAGUCAGGAGUGUCAAACUCAUUUUAGUCGCUGGCCACAGUACUGGUAGUUAUGACUGAACCCAAAUAAUCGAUGAAUAGGUACAAAUUGAUGAAUGACUAGUUUUGAAAUCAGAGGCCACUAUAAACCUUUGUUCAUGUAUUUUUUAAAAAAUGCGAUAUCGCAAUGUUUAUUAAAGUUCAGACAGGUUGCAAUUUUGGUAUUUUAGCAUAAAAUAUGAAGUGGGCGCACAUAAUUAGGUAUUGCGGCCCACAUAGAAUGAAGUCACGGGCCAGAUCUGGCCCCCCCAGGUCUUGAGUUUGACACCUGUGCUGUAAGUUUGCUUCCUGCUGAUUUAAAAAUAUGCAAUUAUGCUUUGGUCAUGAUUCUCAGGAAUCUGAUGUGAAAAAUUCAGUUAGCUCACGGUUCAAAACGAUAGCACACUUUUCCCCCUUUUCUUUCUUGAAAUCAGUUGGAUUUCGGGGUUGUUCCUCAUGCAAAUCAGACACUGCUCACCAUUAUGGUGAGCCAAUAGAUGAAUGCUUUUUUUGUUUCUUUUUUUUAAUCACCAUGACACUUAGGGCGGCAGCUACUACACCUGUUGAGUGCAGAGUCUUGGCCAUGUUCACAUUGCAGGUCAAUUUAGAUCCCCCCUACCCCCACACAUUAUUUUAAAAUUAAAUGUACAUUUUCCAAGAGAAGUGGGGGUAACGGGGGGAAAAAAAGCCAUGGGAAAACAACUGUCAAACUGCGAAUAGGCGGAGGUAGACUGAAGUUCGAAGUUGUAAUAACCAUUUUCAACAAAAUGGCUGACAUGUCUUAGGCUAUGUUCACACUGCAGGUCAAUUCCAUAGUUUUUUUUUUUUGCCCAUAUGUGAUAUGCAUCAUAUUUUUUUCAUAUAGUGUAAACAGUAUAAUUCUGAUUUUUUUUAAUUACAUACGAAGUGGGCCUCAUUUGAAUGUGGAUAUGAAUCGGAUAUGUAAAUGAUGCGUGUGCAUUAUGAAUGUUCAUCCGUAUACAUUCCACCUGUACUUUAUCGGAAGCACAAUAUCCUCUCUGCUUGCCUGAAGGAGAGUGCUCAAGAGGCUAUUGACAUCCAUUUAUUUUCUAAUCAGCCUAUCCUCACAAGGGUCGCAGGCAUGCUGGACUCUUUCCCAGCUGUCUUCCGGCAGUAGGCAGGGUAUACCCUGAACUGGUUGCCAGACAAUCGCAAUGACAUCAUUUGUGAAUCUGCAAAGUUGCUUGGAGCCACAGUGUUGACUUUACAUUUGACCCAAUUUAAUCCCACUUGGAACAUGAAGCAUCAAGUUGACGUGUGGUUAUAGUAGUAAUUCAAUUACGCAGACAGAGCGUUUGUUGUGCGUGGCAAUGACGUGACAUCAUCUUUUGUAGACAUCUCCGGGAAAUGAGAACGAAAAGCAUCGCCUCAUUGCCCCAAAAUAUUUCUACCUCCUCCCACAUCUCGCUGCAUUUGUUAAAAUGAGAUUAAAAAAAGAUGAACCCCUACUACAUGCUGGACCAUAUUUAUGUCAAUGCUGUGCCACUCCCACAUUUUUUUUAAUGUACCGGUAUGUCACUCGACAUUGUGGUUUGCGUGGCACGUCAGAUGCUUUCACAUUUGAAAUUUGGAUUAAUUUUUACAAUGUAAAUGAGUAAAUUUAAAAAAAAUCUGAUUUAACAAAAAAUCUGAAUUGGGCAUAGUGCCCUGCAGUGUGAACGUAAGAACUUGUGACUCUGAUUAAAGUCAAUAGAAGCAUGGGUUGUAUUUUCCCUCAUGGAGGCAGCGUUUCAUCACCCAGUUGCUGAAUUACACUUAACAAUUGGUGUCUGAUGUGUGCAUCAGCCACAUAGCCCAACACAAUUACCUCCAAUCUUAUUUACCAUUGACAUCAAGUUUCCACUGUAGUCCGUAUCGUUUGGAAGUGGCGUAGCCAUAGAGAAACCCAUCAUGUCAAUUAGCCGAACUGUUAGUCACAAUCUGGCCAAAUAUCGAAUGGCUCAGUCGAGGCCACAUUUUUGGAAAAUUGGCAGCUAGCAAAAAAAUACUUUUUUUUUUUUCACUUUAGAGACCCAAACAUUUGUAUAAAAGCAAUUAAAAAAACAGAGUUGCUCUGUACUCAUUUAACUACACAAAUAUCCGUUGGAGCUAUUUUGUGCCAUAGCUGGAAGUGUAGCCUCCAAAGUAAAUGCUUCAUUUUAUGUUUCUUUGUGUGUGUGUGUGCGCGCGCAGAAUUAAUAAAUAAAUAAAAAUUGAGAAAGUGUGUCAACUUUGAAAUGUAGUUUCAAAUCCAUUAAGAGUACUUACUUGCAGAAGAUGCAAAUUACUCGUGGACUUUUCAUGUGAAGCAGGAAAGCUGAAAGAAAGAAACACUGUGUGGAACAUUUUCGAGGAUGAAACUCACUCGUUCGCCUCAAUGUCAUGCAUGUUAGAAAAGCAGUCAAGUACAACUUAAAAGCAGAAAUUAAAAAGUGAAACCACCCAUCACUAAUGGUUCAAUUGUCUCUUUUCACUCCUUGAAUGUUGUACUUGUAUAGCAAUGAGUGACUACUGUGUGUAUCACGUACCUUCUUGUAUUUUCUUGAUGAAAAAUGACCGUGUAUUUUUUCAUAGAUAAAAAUGGUAUAUACGGUAUAAUUUGUUUUAGCAGAGUCUUAUAGGUUGCCUAACCAACAAAUGAUCAGCGAAAUAUAUUUUUGCGCCGCAUCUGAAAAUAUAUUCUGAAAUCACAGUUGCUGAAUCAAAUAAAAGACUAAAACAUGA